AUGACGGAGGCCUCGGCCGUGAUCGAGGCCCUCCAAGCCUCGGAGAACCGCCAGGAGCAGCUCCUCGUGCUCCAGCAGUCCUGGCGCUGCGCGGAAGCUGCGCCGAUGACGCUGCCCGAAGCCGAGGUGCUCCUCUCGAAGCUGGCAAAGCUCACGACGCUGCGCGAGCAGCACGAGCUGCUUCAACUCGCCGACGGCGAGAGACGCGCGGUCGCUGCGUUGGAAGUCGCCGUUGCUCCGGUCAUGAUGAUGCCUCCGGUGCUCCGAUCCCUCCUCAAGGCGAUCCAGCGACACUCGGGCACGUCGGGCUUCGACUGCGGGACGUGGGCGCCGGCGCUGGCGCACAGCUUCGACGAGCUCGAGCGCGGCUGCUUCAUCUCCGCCUCUCAGGCCGCUGAGCUCAUGGCGGCUGUGCUGGCGACGGACCCAAAGCCGCUCUCCGCGUACUGGCACGUCGUCUGCUCGCGCGUGGUGGACAAGUGGAACCUGAACGAGCGCGAGCACUCGCAGGUGUGCUGCUACUACGGCUGGGAUGCGCCCUACGCGCUGCGGAUCGUCGGCGACACGCCGCUGGACGACAAGAUCACGCUGCAGAACAAGGUCGCGGGCUCCGUCUGCCUCGACGACUGCGCCGACGGGUCGCCCCUCUUUACGUGCUCGAGCUGCAAGAACCGGCUCCACUCCCGCUGCUGCCACUCGUGGGUACUCGCCAAGGAGUGACGCCCCCGCCCG